AAAUAAAUAAAGAAGAAUAAAUAAAGGCUUGAAGGCGACCCAGGUUAGUGCCAGGUGCAUGGUAACCUGGCAACGCAGGUUUCCUGCGCUUGGUUUAGCAGCCAGAACUACAAUUUAGCUGCUGUCCUUUAGACCACAGUCUCUAGCUUAACCUUAUUAGUUUGGAGUUACUCGGUGACUGGAAGAAAACGGAAAAUAUAUCUUACAAGUCGUGCCAGGGAGGAGUAAGCCAGCAGGAUGGAUGUCACAGAGGAGAACAUGACACCAACGGAGAUGCUUGAGAAAAUAACGGAGCUGGAUUAUGCUCACAGCCAACAGAGGGACCUGAAUGCUAAAAUCAGGCAAUUGCUGGAUGUUGCAGAUGAUGAUAUAGCAAUGCUGCGCUCAGAGAACGUCAACCUCAGAAAACAAGUGAAAGCCAGCCUGGAGAAGAACAUCAGUGAAGCACAGCAGGUUGAAGCAGAGCCUUGCAGUUCCCUCCUGUCCAAUGACCUCAAUGCAAAGAGAUGCAGUGAACAAAAGAUUCAGAAAUUGGAGAAGGAAAACACCACGAUAAAGGAACAGAAUAAGAAGCUAACUACAGAGCUCAAGAGCUUCCAGCAAGAGAGAGACCAGGACAAGAUUGGCUUGAGCAGGUUCAAGGUUUCACUUCAAACCCUGGAGCGUAGCAUGGGAGAGGCUCAGUUAGAGCUGCUUAAAAGGGAUGAGGUCAUUCAUCAGAAAAACUUGCAGUUAAAGCACUCGGAGGAGGCAAUAGAAGAGUGCUCCAACAUCAUAAAGGAUCUCAGGCUGACAAAUCAGAAGCUGAGUGAGCAGUUGGAGAACAGACUGGAAGAGGCCUCAUUCGCUUUUGUGAAUGACCUGAUGGCAGAAAAGGAAGGAUCGCUCAGUCCCCCUUUGUCCUUCGCAGAGGAAAUGAAUCUGCUGGCCUCUUCAGCUGAAGUGGAAAUCAACACGUCAGACUCCACGUAUCUUAGACAUGAAGAACCUGAGGCGGAAGAGCUGCCGAAGCCUCCAAGUGUCACAGUAGAUCUUCAGACCAAAAGGUGUGCAGGUGUCUUGGAGACAGCCGUCCAGAGAGUAAGACUCUUUCUGCUGUUUGUCAUUCUCACCGUUUUGGCCUUUGUGGCUUCAGGAAGCUGUACAGGAAACUUUUUUUCCAUCAACACCUUGUGGAGUGGUGCACACCUGAUGUUACAGCCCUACUGCAGUGUGCAAUAUGGGGCUUUACCUCCUAUUUGAUUUAAACACUCCCGCUUAUAAACAUGUUAACUAUUUUUGGCUUAUUGUUGUUGUUUUUUGUAGCUGAAUAUGUUUUCUACUAAACAGAUCAUAAGGCUAAUGUUAUUUUAAAUAGUUUAUUUUUUGCAAAAAUACUAGCCUACAUGAAAUGUGCAGUGCGUUUUGCACAUUUAUUAGGAGUUUGUGCACUGAUUUAGAAGAAGAGAUGUAUGAAAUAAUUUGUUUUUAUUGAAACAUGUCUUGCUCUAAUCCAUGUUUAUAUAAAAAGAAAUUGCUUAAUAGUUCAUAUUUUCUUAGUCCUGGCCACUACACAUCGACUUAAAACCGUACUCACCUGCUCUUAUGUACAUUGUAGAAGUUUUUGUUUGCUGUAUUGUUUCUUUCGUUGAAAUACAAAGGGAAUUUUGUACUUUGGUUGUAUUUUGUACUUUGGAUUUUACUUACAUUAAAGUAGUUUUACGAAGGGA